CGCACCCCCCGCGGUUUGUCUUCCCUCUCAGGAGACGACGGAAAAGCCGAGGGGCGAUUCGCAACCCCCGGCAGCGGCUGUUUAUUAAACCGGUGGCGUUCCGGCUACGUAGGGGUUGACCCACGGGCAGGAAGUUCCAGCGGCUCCUCCCUUUGCCCUCCCGCUCCCCUCCUCUUCCUCGCCCAUGUCCAUUCCAAGAUGGCCGGGAUCCCUUUGUAUUUUGUGGAUUUGCAGGAUGACUUAGAUGAUUUUGGGUUUGAAGAUUAUGGACCAGACUGCGAUAGCAUGAGGAUAACGGCAUUCUUGGAUAUUCCUGGACAGGAUAACUUAACUCCACUGGCUCGUCUAGAAAAAUAUGCAUUCAGUGAUAACAUAUUUAACAGGCAAAUUAUUGCCAGAGGUCUUUUGGAUGUCUUUCGAGAUUUCAGUAGUAAUGAAGAAGACUUCCUGACUGUAAUGGAAAUAGUAGUCAGGCUCUCUGAAGAUGCAGAACCAACUGUACGUACAGAGCUGAUGGAACAAAUACCUCCUAUUGCUAUUUUUCUGCAAGAAAGUCGACCAAAAUUCCCAACAGCAUUUUUUGAAUACCUUAUGCCCAUAGUAGUAAGAUACCUCACAGAUGUUAACAAUCAGGUUAGAAAGGCAGGUCAAGAAGCACUGCUUAUUCUGCUAGAACAAGAUCUGGUUUCUCAGAGUGACAUUGAAAAUAAGGUGUGUCCAAUUCUGUUGGACCUCUCUGCUCCUGACAGUGAUGAUGAAUACAAGGUGGAAGCUGUGAAUAUUAUCUGUAAAAUGGCUUCUAUGUUGAGCAGAACAACAGUUGAGCAUAUGCUGCUUCCUCGCUUCUGUGAACUGUGCAGUGAUGGGAAAUUGUUCCAAGUGCGAAAGAUUUGUGCAGCUAAUUUUGGUGACAUUUGUAAUGCAGUUGGGCAAGAAGCCACAGAAAGACUGCUGAUCCCCAAGUUCUUUGAACUCUGUUCUGAUAGUGUUUGGGGAAUGAGAAAAGCGUGUGCUGAAUGCUUUAUGGCAGUGUCUUACACCACAUCUCCAGAAGUUCGCAGAAGCAAACUGUCCCCGCUGUUCAUCAGUCUUAUUAGUGACACCUGCAGAUGGGUUCGUCAGGCUGCUUUUCAGUCUCUUGGCCCAUUUAUUUCUACCUUUGCAAACCCUUCAAGUGCUGGUCUUUACAUUCGGGAAGAUGGGACGCUGAGUAUCCGACCAUCAACGCAAGAUGUGAAUUCCAGUUCUUGUCAGCUGAGCAACAGUAUGACAUCCUCCAGUACAAACACUACAUUGUCCAGUUCAGAACAACCAAUGGAAAUCAAACCAGAACCAGCGACUAAGGAGGCUUCAGCUGAAGUCAAUACAAAGCUCUCAGUUGAGAACAUAAAUGAAGAAAGUUCAGAUUGUUGCACCAGUCCUGGAGAAGAUGUGUCUCAGUUAUCUCAGGGUGACAAAGUUGCUGCUGGUGUCACAGAAGUCACUAAGGACAACGGUUUUCCUGGAACAAACUCAGAGCUACAGUCUGCUGAGGACCUGUUUAAUACUUUUCUGUACUGGCGCCCUCCUCUGCCUGAUAUAAGUCAGGAUCUGGAGUUGCUUCAGUUCAAGACUGAAAAGCACAGAGACAGCUGUUCUGUGCCACGUAAUAACUGUGUUGCUAGUAGUGAAAUAAGAAAAGUUCUAGAAAGCUUACAGGAGCACAUGGAUGAUCCAGAUGUUCAAGCUCAGGUCCAAGUGUUGUCUGCUGCUCUCAGAGCUGCUCAGUUUGAUUCUGUUGGUGACUACGAGACCAAAAAAAUGGAAGAAAGCAGUGGCAAACUUCAGAACAAAACUAUUUCAGGUGAAAUGGCUGUUUCAGACGCUACCUGCAAACAGGUGGAAGAAGACACUCUUUCAUCCUCGCCCUCUCAGGAUCACAUCAGUGACCAGUCUACCACCAGUAUGCUGAAAAGCACAGACUCAGAGGAACAACGUGGAGGAACCACUGUACUUCUAAAGAGCGAGCAAGAAAAUAAUCCGCCAUUUGAAGAUGACAAGUCAAAAUUACAGGAUAUCAUACCUCAGCCUUUAUUAGACCAGUACCUGUCAAUGACCGACCCAGCUCGAGCCCAGACGGUUGAUACUGAAAUAGCCAAACACUGUGCAUAUAGUCUGCCUGGGGUGGCUUUAACGCUGGGCAGGCAGAACUGGCACUGCUUGAAAGACACAUACGAGACACUGGCUUCAGAUGUACAGUGGAAGGUCCGUCGGACACUUGCUUUCUCCAUACAUGAGUUAGCCGUGAUUCUGGGGGAUCAGCUAACGGCUGCUGAUCUGGUGCCAAUUUUCAAUGGAUUCUUGAAAGAUCUGGAUGAAGUGCGUAUUGGCGUCCUUAAACACCUGUAUGACUUUCUGAAGUUACUUCAUGCAGACAAAAGGCGGGAGUAUCUUUACCAACUUCAAGAAUUUGUGGUCACUGAUAACAGCAGGAACUGGAGGUUUCGUUACGAGCUGGCAGAGCAGCUGAUCCUGAUACUGGAACUCUACAGUCCCAAUGAAGUCUAUGACUAUUUACGACAUAUUGCACUAACCCUCUGCUCCGAUAAAGUUUCAGAAGUUCGGUGGAUCUCCUUCAAACUGGUUGUAGCGAUACUACAGAAGUUCUACGCAAACAAUGCAAAUGCACUGGGAUUAAAUUUCAUUAAUGAACUUGUAGUGCGGUUUCGUCACUGCUCCAAGUGGGUUGGAAGACAAGCUUUUGCCUUCAUUUGUCAGGCUGUAGUAGAAGAAGAAUGUAUGCCUGUUGAGCAGUUUGUUGAACACUUACUCCCCAGUCUUUUGAGUCUGGCUUCUGAUCCUGUGCCAAACGUGAGGGUUCUACUCGCCAAGGCCCUGCGGCAGACGCUGCUGGAGAAAGCUUAUUUUAAAAGUGUUGGCAAUCCUCAUCUGGAAGCUGCAGAAGAGACCAUUCUAGCCCUUCAGUCUGACAGAGAUCAAGAUGUGUCCUUCUUUGCCACCAUAAAACUAAAACAGGGUAAUAUGGACAGUACCACCCUUGAAAAACAAAACUAAUGUCUUGUUCUGCAGUAAACGCUGAACAUCAGAAUGGUUACUCACCUUAUGUUCGCGGUUAGCAUGAAUAAUGUAGACAAAUAAGAACGUUUUUCUUACCUACUAGAGCUGGAAAGGGUCUGUGAGAAAAGUUAUGAUGUUCAUUUAUUUGUCUGAUGUGUGUGAGUAAUUACUUAAGGGGUUUUUUUGUAAAUGUGGGAUAAGUAUUGCAUAUAAUACUUACUGUGUUACAAUACAAUACUUAAAGUGUUACACCGUACACAGUAUUCCAGUAUAAUUUGAAUUCACAUUUCAUUUUUUACAAAAAAUUUCCAAUAGUAGAGCAGUCUGCUGUAGCUUAAAAUUGUUUCUAAAUCUUAAAACCUGAUUACAGCAAACUUACACAAAGAUUCUUUUCUUCAUUUUUACUGUCAUUUUUGUAUGGUUUCAAGUAUUGCGUUUUAAGUGAAAAAAGUGUAUAUAUGUGAAUAAUUUUGAAUUUUAACAAAAAAUUAUGAACUUCUGUAUCAGCAGAAAAAAGCUCAAAAGUCAUUUCAUUUUAUAAAGUAGUUACUCUGCUAGAAUUAAGGCAUGGUUCAUUUUUACUUAACAUGAUGUGAUAUUUUUCAAAGCACAGCUCAAUAUUCUUUGUAUACUGUGACGUUUAUUGAUUUGUUAUUUCUGAGCUGUAUCCUUACAGGUGUUACCAUGUCUGGUUUCGUUAUGCUGGCUCUGGUACUGGUAGGUAGAGAGGGAAUUUCCCAAAGUGGCAGUUGCUUAUUCUGCCCCAGCAGAGUUCUCUGCAUGGAAGGUAUUCAGGGAUUCACUUCCUGCAGCGGGUGCUGUACCUGCAGAAGGAUAUUACAGAAUUUUACAGGCUUAAGUUUUCAUUUGUUUGUUUUACACACCUAAUUUAAAAAAACCCAAAAAACAACAUCCUUUAACUGGUCCAAAUCCUGAAGAGCCUGCUAGUUUGUUCCUAAGAAACAAAGGACCUCUAAGUUCUGAAAAACCCCAAAUAACCGAUGUUCAGAGGAAAGGUGGUGAUGCAAUUCUUUGCUCUAUAACUUGUGUUGAUUGUGUGGUAAGGACAGGGACAAACAGCAAAUGAAGGUUACGGAGAUCCUGAAGCUUAAGUAGGACAUCUGUGUAUUUAAGCAGGUGUUUUGGAAGAGAGAAAGAAUAUUCAGAUAGAACAUGGUUCUGUUAGCAAAAUCAGAUAACUUGUGAUCGGUUUGAAGAAUUAUAAAGCUGAUAUUUUUUGGUGGAUCCUGUCUGCUGCUGUGUCCCAGAUCUGCAGAUAAUGUGUGGCCUGGAGGAUAAAUAAUCCUACUUUUUUAGAUUGUGGAUUGGAACUUUGUCCCGUUCAAAGAUUGAUGUUUAAAUACUAAAGAAAUGGUUUUGUGUAAUAACAGUUACUUUCUGUCUGCAAACACAAUACUUUAUCGUAAAUAGACCUGUGUAAAUAUUUCCCCGUAUUUCACUGUUACACUAAUAAGUGGUUCACAUGGGGAAGGUCUUUACAGAAAUUACUUUUUUCAUUCUUGUUUUGUUUCCAAGUUGGCUUGUCUGCACUGCAGCAGGUAGGUUCCUCGGCUGGGUUCUGUAUUUUUGGAGGGCUCAGUUUUGUAUAAGUUUAACUAGUCUUGUAUUAUAAUAUGUACAGUAUUUGUAAUAAAUUGUUUCCUUGUGAAAUCACAAAAUGUGUUUUGGGAGUUGCAGGCAGAAUUCUACCACUGCUGUUAGAGCAGACAGUGUAAGCUCUGUAAACUCUGCAACAUUCUACAUUUCAUUUUUUACGAUUUUUUUAUAAUUUAAUAUUUCUUCAGUACAGACUUUUUAUGAUUGCAUUUCUUAACAAGAAGACCUUUCAAAUUAAUUUUUUCUAGUUCUAAUAUCUUUUUCUAAUGCUGGCAUUAUACUGAUAUUUUCUAACAGUUCAGAUUUUCUAAGGCCUUUUUCACAAGGUUUUACUUUUGUUUUUCUAUUCUCAAUUUAUUAAAUUUCUCAGCACUGAACAAUUUUAAGUGUGUGUAUAUGUAAGUAUGUUUGAAAUGUACUGUAUAUAAAUUAAAUACUUUGAAAUUUAACCCAAUGCAGGUUUGUUUGUCAGAUAAAUAGUUACAUUUACUUGCAAUAAUCCACUGGAAAACACAAGCUUCUGUAUGUUUUAGCAUGUUUGGUUAGUGUUCACUAGAGUUUUUCAAUGGGAUAUGUGUAAGCAGUAAGCCACCAGCUAUAAAAGUUCACUAAAAGUCUAAACAAAGUUACUUGGUUUGAACACUAUUUUGGUACCUCUCUGGCUCCAGAAAUCAUUUCUGUUUUAAAUUAUAUGAUUUCAGUAGAGCGCUUAAACUUUAGUUACAACUCUACAGCUGCAUGCGCUAACGGGUGGGCAUCAUAGUUCAGGGGUGGGUUUUUUUAUAGGCAGUGUGCGGGUCUGUUAAACACAUUUACCCUCUAUAAGGUUUGUCUUUUUAGUUUUAAACUAGGAAUGAUUUCAGCACGACUAAAGACCGUACUUCACGUCUUGUACUAGCCAAAGGUAUGCAAUGAUGAGUAGAGCGGUGCGUUCAGGUACAGUUCUCUGGGUUGUUUAAAUCACGCAAAAAAAAAAAAAGUAUUUUAAAAGCCAGAUGGAACAAAGUUAAGUAGUUGAUCCAAUUUCACAACAGUAGUAAGAAUAUAACUUUUAAACAUAUCUAGCAAAGGAACGUGAACAUAACGUUAGUGGGUGCAAUAUUGCUUGGAUGCUGUAGGAAAUGAUCAAGCGCUUGGAAUCCAGAGCGUGUUAGUCAUGUUGCUCGGGAUUUGGAGCGGCUGGCGUCUGUGUGACCGAUACGUAGCGGCGGUUCUGUCUGUGCACAGAGGCGUUUAGAGCCCAUUUCUGUGGGGACACUCUGGAAGUGUCAUUCCUGUGUCAGAAGAGAGAAUCUAUGUAACUUUGUAUUUAUCUCAAUAAAUCCUGUGACUGUUUUAUAAACCAA